AUGCCCCGGCUUGCUGACAUGACUUCCUUGCCGCUCGGUGUCAAAGUGGAGGACUCCGCCUUCGGCCAGGCCCCCGGCGCCACGGCCACGGCCAGCGGCCUCGGCCACGAUGGGCGCGGAACGACGGGCCCCAAGCCCAAAGCGGCGCCCUCGCUGCUGCCCUUCAGCGUGGAGGCGCUCAUGGCCGACCACAGGAAGCCGGGGCCAAGGACGGCGUCCCCGCGGCCGGCCGAGAGCGCUACGGCCCGCCGCCCUGUGCGCCCCGACGCGCCGGCCUCCCCGCGGCCGCUCGGGCCCUUCUCGGUCGGGGGGCUGCUGCAGCUGCCCGAGGACGCGCUCGUCAAGGCCGAGAGCCCCGAGCGGGCCGAGCGGACCCCCUGGAUGCAGAACCCUCGCUUCUCCCCCACCCCACGGCCCGUGAGCCGGCUGAGCCCCCCAGCCUGCACCCUGCGCAAGCACAAGACCAACCGCAAGCCUCGGACCCCUUUCACCACGGCGCAGCUGCUGGCCCUGGAGCGCAAGUUUCCCGCCAGAAGCAGUACCUGUCCAUUCGCCGAACGCGCCGAGUUCUCCAGCUCGCUCAGCCUCACCGAGACGCAGGUGAAGAUCUGGUUCCAGAACCGCCGGGCCAAGGCCAAGAGACUGCAGGAGGCCGAGCUGGAGAAGCUGAAGAUGGCCGCUACGCCCAUGCUGCCCCCGGCCGCCUUUGCCUCAUCCUUCCCUCUCGGUGGCCCCGCGGCCGUGGCCGCCGCGGCAGGCGCAUCGCUCUACGGCGCGUCGGGCCCCUUCCAGCGCGCCGCCCUGCCCGUGGCGCCCGUGGGACUCUACACGGCUCACGUGGGCUACAGCAUGUACCACCUGACAUAGGCCUCGGGUCUAUGCCCAGAGGCCCCUGGACUGCCACACGCGUACCCAAGAUGUGCCCCUGCCCAGCAUCCCUUGGCUAACUUUUCUUCCACCUCCUGGACCCCUUCCUCAGCCUGCCCAGUUUUUCUUUCUCUACAGUUCCCUCUCUGCAGUGUCUCUUCGCCUCUUACUUAAUUCACCUAGAAUCCGGCUCUCCCCUCACUUCUGUUCAUGGAGUUUGGGGUUAGGAAACAUUGCAGCCACAGAUAUCCUAAGUCACACCCUAACUCUGAUAGGGCAUCAGGCCGGGUUCAGGGCAGCUUCUCCACCGAUGAUGCCAU